AUGAGUGGCCUUGCGACGAAACAGCAGUCGCUCAAGAUCUUUGAGAAGCUCAAGUCUAAGCAGCCUAACAAGACCUGCUUCGACUGCGGCCAAAACAACCCCACCUGGACUUCUGUCCCUUUGGGAAUUUAUCUGUGUCUCGACUGCUCCUCGAACCAUCGCAACCUCGGUGUCCACAUCUCAUUCGUCCGCUCUACGAACCUUGACCAAUGGCAAUGGGAACAGCUGCGAUUGAUGAAGGUUGGUGGUAACGAGUCUGCCGCCAAGUUCUUCCGCGCCAACGGCGGUACUGCUGCGCUCAACAGCAAGGAUCCCAAGACGAAAUAUCAGUCAAACGCUGCCACCAAAUAUAAGGACGAACUGAAGCGACGCGCCGCCAAGGAUGCGCAGAUGUAUCCCGAGGAGGUAGUCCUUACGGAUGGUGUCGAUGAAGCUUCCGCCACACCGGCCGGAGAGCCAGAUGACGACUUCUUCUCGUCGUGGGAUAAGCCCGCCAUCAAGCGCCCUACUCCCCCAAUCUCGCGAACUGCCACGCCACCUGUUGUCGGCCGCACCCCCUCUCCUUUCAUCAACGCUGGCAAGGAUGGGUCUCGAUCCGCGUCGCCCCUGGCCAAGCCCGACGCUGACGCAAAGCCCGCCGCCAGUCGCACCUCUUCCGCGGCUCUGAGAAAGUCGACCACCACAGGCGCUGCCCGCAAGACUAACGUGCUGGGCGCUAAGAAAACGACGAAGCUCGGAGCAAAGAAGGUUACUGCGGACGUUAUCGACUUUGACGAAGCGGAGAAGAAGGCCAAGGAGGAGGCCGAUCGCAUCGCCAAGCUGGGCUAUGAUCCCGAUGCGGAGGAAGAGCAGGCCCCUGCUAACUCCAGCUCUGCCGCUACUAUUAUUUCACCCACUCCUGUCAGCCCUGCGCGCGGUGGCUCGUCACAUACUAGACAAAAGUCGAACGCCGAAGUGGAAAGACUUGGCAUGAGUGUCGCCAGACUUGGCUUUGGCCAGAUUGGCGGCGGCAAAGCUGCUGCUGCUAAGGACACGAAGAAGAACGCCGGUGGUUUUGGCUCUGUUGGUCCUGUCAAAGCCCCUGUUGAUGACUCUGAUAAUUAUGCCCGCAGCAAAUUCGGCAUGCAGAAGGGUAUCUCAUCGGACGAAUACUUUGGCAAGGGAGCCUACGACCCCAACACGCAAGCCGAGGCUAAGGGUCGUUUGCAAGGCUUUGAGGGUGCGACAUCUAUUUCUUCCAACGCCUACUUUGGCCGCCCCGAGAACGAGCCCGAGGAGGAGUACGGCGAUCUGGAAUCGGCCGCCAAAGACUUUGUGCGCAAGUUUGGCAUCACUGCCAGCGACGAUUUGGAGAAUUUGGGCAACUUGGUCGGCGAGGGCGCCACUCGCCUGCAAGGUGCUAUUCGUCAGUACCUUGGCAACUGA